GCUUGUAAAAUAAAGGUUAUGUGUUUAUUAACUGUUUUUUUGAAUAAUUUUAGUACAUUUUUUAAUAAUUCAUUAAUUGUUAUAAGUAAAAUGAUAUCGAUUUAUAAUAUGAAGUUAAUUAUUAAGCAGAAAAGAUUGGUUAACUUAAUUCAAAUGACAAAAUAUUCAGAUAAAAAAGCCCCAGGAAUCCCUCAAAAUCCUUUAGAAAAUGUAAUUACUGCACAUUUACAAUCAGAAAAUGGGGUAGUUUAUGAAAAAAAACCGUUCAAAAUAAAACUUGAAGCAGGUAAUAAUUAUUUCUGGUGUUUGUGUGGUCGUUCUAAAAGCCAACCGUUGUGUGACGGCACCCACAAAGAUAUUUUUUUGAAAGUAAAACAAAGACCAAUUCGUUUUCAAGUUACUGAAAGUAAGGAGUAUUGGUUGUGUAAUUGUAAACAAACAAAUCAUAGACCGUUUUGUGAUGCUACUCAUAAAUCGAAGGUAGUGCAAGACGCCACUCCUAUAAUAAGGUCAUGAGCAUUUUAAAUUUUGCCCUUGUUUCUCUUGAGUUUGGAAGUAGAUUAAUAAUUGCAAUGUUGUAGUAUCAUAGGGGCACUACUAUUUAUAAUAAAUAAAGCCCUGAAUAAGUAA